AUGGGGAAGCCGGCGAGGAAGGGAUGCGACUGGAAGCGCUUCCUGAGGAAUAAUUGGCUGCUACUUUCCACCGUGGUCGCGGUGGUGCUAGGGAUUGUUAUAGGAGUCUUGGUUCGAGAAUACAGCAAGCUAUCUAACCUGGAGAAAUUCUACUUUUCCUUUCCUGGAGAGAUUCUGAUGAGAAUGCUGAAACUCGUCAUUUUACCAUUAAUUGUAUCCAGCAUGAUUACAGGUGUUGCUACACUGGAUUCCAACGUAUCUGGAAAAGUUGGUCUGCGUGCUGUUGUAUAUUAUUUCAGUACCACUCUCAUUGCCGUAAUUUUAGGUAUCGUGCUGGUGGUGAGCAUCAAGCCUGGUGUCACCCAGAAAGUGAAUGAAAUUGACAGGACAGGGAACACCCCUGAAGUUAGCACAGUGGAUGCCAUGUUAGACCUGAUCAGGAAUAUGUUCCCUGAGAACCUUGUCCAAGCCUGUUUUCAGCAGUACAAAACCACACGUGAAGAAGUGAAGCUUUCUGAGGAGCCAGGGACAAACAGCACCGAAGCGUCUGUCACAGUCAUCAUGACAACUGCUAUUUCCAAGAACAAAACAAAGGAAUACAAAGUCGUAGGCAUGUAUUCAGAUGGCAUAAAUGUCCUGGGCUUGAUCGUCUUUUGCCUCGUCUUUGGAAUUGUCAUUGGAAAAAUGGGAGAAAGGGGACAGAUUCUGGUGGAUUUCUUCAAUGCUCUGAGUGAUGCAACCAUGAAAAUCGUUCAGAUCAUUAUGUGCUACAUGCCAAUUGGUAUUUUGUUCCUGAUUGCCGGGAAGAUCAUAGAAGUUGAAGACUGGGAAAUAUUCCGCAAACUGGGUCUUUACAUGGCCACCGUCCUGAGUGGGCUUGCAAUCCACUCCAUUGUAAUUCUCCCACUGAUAUAUUUCAUAAUUGUACGAAAGAACCCUUUCCAGUUCGCCAUGGGAAUGGCCCAGGCUCUUCUGACAGCUCUCAUGAUCUCCUCCAGUUCAGCAACACUGCCUGUCACUUUCCGCUGUGCUGAAGAGAAGAACCGGGUGGACAAGAGAAUCACUAGAUUUGUAUUACCCGUUGGUGCUACGAUCAACAUGGAUGGGACUGCACUCUAUGAAGCAGUGGCGGCCGUGUUUAUUGCGCAGUUGAAUGAUUUGGACUUGAGCGUUGGGCAGAUCAUCACUAUCAGUGUCACUGCCACCGCCGCCAGCAUCGGAGCUGCCGGUGUGCCCCAGGCCGGCCUGGUGACCAUGGUGAUUGUGCUGAGUGCUGUGGGCCUGCCCGCGGAGGAUGUCACCCUCAUCAUCGCUGUUGACUGGCUCCUGGACCGGUUCAGGACCAUGGUGAACGUCCUUGGAGAUGCCUUUGGGACUGGCAUCGUGGAGAAGCUCUCCAAGAAGGAGUUGGAGCAGAUGGAUGUUUCAUCGGAGGUCAACAUUGUGAACCCCUUCACCUUGGAAUCCACAACACUUGACAACGAGGACUCAGACACCAAGAAGUCCUACGUCAACGGAGGCUUUGCCGUCGACAAGUCCGAUACCAUCUCAUUCACCCAGACCUCACAGUUCUAG